ACCUGCGCGAGUGCAGCCAAAUUCCCGAAACAGAAAUCCCGAGUAACGGUCUCCUCUCGCAAAAACCAAAACCAACCAACAAAUCCCCUCCAUUUUCUCUCACCUUCUCUUCUCCCAAAGAACACUCCCACUCCAUAUGAUAGUUUAAGGUCUCUUAUAGACCGACGCUGCUUGUCUCCGCUAACACUGAACGACAAUGAUGACAACGUCGUUGUUUAUGGCAUUGACAGGCUCUUUGUACGGACUCGCUCCUAUCAUAAGCUACCGCAGCAUCUCCUCCAGCUUACUGUCCUCAAGCUUGAUGGCUCUUCUUUUGAUGUUCAUGUUGGGAGAAAUGCUACGGUGGGAGAACUCAAACAAGCGGUGGAGGAAGUUUUUACUUCAUCACCCAAGGAAGAUGAGGGAAAGAUUUCCUGGUCACAUGUCUGGGGCCAUUUUUGCUUGAGCUAUGAAGGGCAGAGGCUAGUUAAUGAUAAAGCUUGCAUUCAAAAAAUUGGGAUCAAGGAUGGUGAUCAGCUUCAAUUUGUUAGGCAUGUGUCUGUUAACUAUUCGCAUUCAAAAAGAAGGUCUAGGAGCCAACAUGUUGCUUGCAAACCAUACUCGGCGCCAUUGUCAAGAGAUGUUCGCGAAGAGGAAGAAAAGGACAGUACUGUGGAUCAUAGUGACAACAAUAAUGAAAACCAAGAUUACAACUCCAAUUACCUUUGCGAAGACGAGGGGAAAACAUCAGAAUUCAAGUUAGCUCACUUCCUGAAAGGUUGGCUAUCAUAUACUAGAUUACGGGGUGCUCCAAGAAAAGGGACACAAGGCCAAAGUCGGCCUUCGAGGUUUGCCUUUCAGUGCUUAGGAGGUGGACACAGGAUGAUAGAACUUCAAGGCUAAUAGAAGAUAUGUGAUAGAAUUUAAACUCAAUUCUAGGAUUGUUGACUGUGACUGCCAUCUUUAGCUUUCUUAAUACAAGACCGUGAUGAUUAGGCAGAGCAGUUAGAUUGAAAUUUUGUUAUAUUCUCUAUUACUUGUUGCUAGAUAUAUCAUCCUUGAAGCUCCUUUAUUUCCUCCACUUAAUUCCUUUUUUUUUCUAUUUUUUUUUUCUGUCAUAUAGGUCAUGUUUGGUUCAACUGGGAACUGAAUGGAAUUCAAUUGUUGAAUAGAAUCAUCAUUUUUUACA